UUUUUAAGAAAUAAAUGUGUGUGGCAAAUGGUGCUUUGAUUUAAUCUCUUUUAACAAUAGCAGUAUUGCUUGAAACCAAAGACAUCUUAACAAAUGAGAUGAAUUGAUUCAUCUUUUUAUAACAACUUCAGUUUUCACAGCUAUACACCUUUUCCAUUUUAAUUGAUGCAAUCCGCCUAAAUUCCAAUACUUGCAGGUAUGUCCUUCAGAAAAGGAGUUGGUCUUGACUAUUAUUUGUAUGUGACAAUACUUUUGGCUUAUUUGAUAUAUUUUGCCUAUGAUUCAUAUGUCUAAUUAAGAACAGGAUUAUUAAUUGGGCUGAAAUGAGUAGUGGACUGCAAUUUAGUCCUUUAAAAAAAAUACUGCUUAUAGUUUUAUUCAGUUGCAUUUUAGACUUCUUAACAAUCUUUAGAUAACUGCAGGGCUGCAACUAACGAUUAUUUUCAUUAUCGAUUAUUUUUGUUGAUUAUUUAAACGAGUAAUCGAUUGGUUGUUUGGUCAAUACAAUUUUGAAAAAUAUCAAUCAGUGUUUCCCAAACCACAAGAUGAUGUUUCAAAUCUCUUGUUUUGUCCACAAAGGAAAGAGAUAUUCAGUUUAUUGUCAUAAAGGACCAAAGAAACCAUAAAUAUUCACAUUGAAGAAGCGGAAAUCAGAGAAUUUGGACUUAUUGUCUUUAAAAAACUACUCAAACCAAUUAUUUGAUUAUCAAAAUAGUUAUAUUUAAUAGUUAUUAUUAAUUUAAUAAUUGAUUAUUGUACCAUUAAUCAAAUAAUUGUUGCAGCUGUAGAGAACUGACAGACAAAUGGUGUUGGAUUUUAUUAUAACAUGUAUAGAUUACCCCUACCCACCCUUAUUAUGAGAUUCUAGGGAAGUUAUUGACAUAAUGCAUGUUAUUUUUCUAUCAUGUUUACAUUCAUACGUCUAAUUCCUACCUAUUUACUUCACAUAUUUUGAUUUAAUUACGUUUUAUUGUAAUGUAGCACAUUUAAUUAAAUGGAAUCAAACUUUAGAUCACUAGGGGGCGGUAAUGGACUUUAGAAAUUGUUCCUCUACCUUGAACGUAGAGGAAGGCUAAGGCAGUGUUCGCGGUUGUCGGGGAGAAAGAAUCCAAAAAUACGUGAAACGUCAAAACAAAUAUGUUCACUUGACAUACUUUCUAAAGCGGGACGAUUCCAGCAUUGGUCCUAGUUCCAGUUAGUUUUGCUCUCUCUUAUGCUUUUAAACUCUUUUUGGACCGACAUGUUACUAGCUGGUGUCUUUUUUAAAGCAGAAAGUGAACGCUCAAGGAGGACACCCUGAUUUCCCAUCUUUAUCGUGGGUCCCAAACACAUCUGCAGAAGAGACGGCUGCUCAUUUAGUUAGCUGUUAGCGACUGCAGAAAGAUGCAAUUGGCUCUAAGCAAAACGUUUGGCCAGAAACCAGUUAAAUUUCAAUUGGACCAAGAUGGGGACUUUUACAUGGUUGGGUCAGAGGUUGGAAACUAUCUGCGCAUGUUUAGAGGCUCUCUGUAUAAAAGAUAUCCAUCUUUAUGGAGGAGGCUGGCCUCAGUGGAGGAGAGGAAGAAAAUUGUAGCAUCAUCACAUGCCACGAGCGUUACUCUGCUGAAGGCAUCAGAAUGUGAAGAGAUCUUCGAGGGUAAUGAUGAAAAAUACAAAGCUGUAUCCAUCAGCACCGAGCCCCCAGCUUACCUCAGGGAGCAGAAAGCAAAGAGAAGCAGUCAGUGGGUCCCCACACUGCCUAACAGCUCUCAUCAUCUGGAUGCUGUGCCUUGCUCCACCACCAUCAACCGCAACAGAAUGGGCCGUGACAAGAAGAGGACCUUCCCCCUGUGCUUUGAUGACCAUGACCCUGCAGUGAUCCAUGAGAACGCAGCCCAGGUAGAGGCGCUGGUUCCCAUCCGUCUAGACAUGGAGAUAGACGGACAGAAACUGCGAGAUGCCUUCACAUGGAACAUGAACGAGAAACUGAUGACCCCAGAGAUGUUUGCAGAAAUUUUAUGUGAUGACCUGGACCUGAAUCCUCUGGCCUUUGUCCCCGCCAUUGCCUCAGCCAUUCGACAGCAGAUUGAGUCCUACCCUACUGAUAGCAUACUGGAAGAGCAAGCCGACCAGAGAGUCAUCAUAAAGCUGAACAUCCACGUGGGAAACAUUUCUUUGGUGGACCAGUUUGAGUGGGACAUGUCUGAGAGAGAGAACUCCCCAGAGUCAUUUGCACUGAAGCUGUGCUCUGAGCUAGGACUGGGUGGAGAGUUUGUCACCACUAUUGCCUACAGCAUUCGUGGUCAGCUCAGUUGGCACCAGAGGACCUAUGCCUUCAGUGAGAACCCCCUCCCGACAGUAGAGAUUGCCAUCCGCAACACAGGUGAUGCAGACCAAUGGUGCCCCCUGCUGGAGACCCUCACAGAUGCUGAAAUGGAAAAGAAAAUCAGAGACCAAGACAGGAACACAAGGCGUAUGAGACGAUUGGCCAACACCGCUCCUUCCUGGUAGAAAGAGACCAUAAGCUGCAUCAGAUGAUAUGUCCUCCAGGAGACUCCUGUUACUAUGAAAAGAUCAAGUAAAUACACCCAAUGUUACACACACACACACACACACACACACACACACACACACACACACACACACACACACACACACACACACACACACACACACUGAUCCUUAAAUUGAUGAAGCAUCUGGAUAAUGUGCAUGACUGCACUCACAGACGUGGUUAGGCAUUCCUCUGCACACACAGUUUAUCAUCAUGAUGUUCAGUCACAGCAACAGUUCCAACAUCACUGUUGUGCUAUAGAGAUAGUCUGUCAUUUACAGAGGUGCAUCUGAUUUCUGUUCCAUAAGUUACUGUUACACAUUCACACACCACAUGCUACGUAAAAACACAUUACAGUACAAUGAGUUUAAUGUAUCUUCAUAUAGUAUGAACAUCAUUUUCAUUACAUCAUCUGGACAACUAUUGUGUACAGAGCUUUGUCAUUUCUCUGUUUACCGUGGUUACAAUUCCAGUUGAACUGAUGUAAUUAUCCAUGAGUAGUGGCUAAUUUAGGUCCUUUCCUAAUCAACAUUUAGUACUGCUAAAGAUGUUUUUCUCAACAGACAUUUUGAAUAUAUUGAAAAGCAAAGGACAAGCACAGGGGGAAUAAAUCACAUGGAUCUGUCUCAGUACUGACAGAGAAAGAAUAGAAAUCAAUUUUAAUAAUGACACCUCCCAGCUAUGAAAAUUCAAAGGUCCCAUUUACACUUGUCUUUUCAAAUGUCUUUUUCUUUUAAGACACUUAUUUACACUCAGCCUCAUGUAUUUGCCUCUGUCGGCCAAAUUACAAAGUAACUGCUGGUAACUUAUGGGCUAAAAUAUGUGCCACCAGAAACUGAAUUUGAAUCACAUAAUUUGAAUUUAUAUUGUUCAGUUUGAAUCAUUGCAUUGAAAAACUGAAUCUGAAUUGUAAUUUGAAAUUUAAUUUAUGAGGUUGGAACUGAAUAUUCAGUUCUCACAAUUCAAAUUCAGUUCUCAAACUUCAAUUUCAGUUUUCUGUGACAAACAGUAGUUGAGGCAGAGCAAUCGAGUGCAGAUAGACAGAGCGCCUCUUCAGCCAAUCAGCACCUCCGUUUUCUUUUGUAACAUUUGUUGCCACCCGGUUGCCAUAGCGCCUCUUCGGCCAAUCCAUGGUCAAGCCAGUCUACUUUCUUCCUCCGUUUCAUGGUAAGUGGCAACCGGGUGGCAACCAAUGUUACAAAAGAAAACGGAGGAGCUGAUUGGCUGAAGAGGCGCGUGUGUAUCUGCGCUCGAUUGCUCUGCCUGAACUACCCGGAUUUUCAUCGCAGAAGAUGGAAAUUUAAUUUUGCAAACUGAAUUCGAAUGAUGAGAACUGAAUGUUCAGUUCCAAACUAAUACAUUCAAAUUACAAUUCAGUUUUUCAAUGCAAUGAUUCAAAUUGAACAAUACAAAUUCAAAUGAUGUGAUUCAAAUUCAGUUUCUGGUGGCACAUAUUUCAGCCCAUAGUAACUAAGGACUUUGCUGUUUAGCUAGCUUUAUCUAACAGCUUUCCAAAAGCUAAACAAACAUAUGAAUGAACCUUUUUAAUGACGAAGGACCAAGAUAAGUUAUAGUCAGGUUAAUGGCUCGAACUUAUGUGGCCCUCACCCAUAAGAUAACAGCUGUCUCACCUGCACAGAUCAUUCAGGUGUUAAACUGAUCGGGGAUUGCAUAAAGUCUACAGCAUCUUUGUGCACCUUGUAUUUUAUUGUGUGUGGAGAAAUGAGACGUUUGGAAACGAGGGGACAUUAUUCUUAGUUUUUCUUUGUUGCUUUAAGGAGAGAGAACAACAUCUAAUUUUCGUGUCAUUUUAAUUUAACAUCAGAAGCCCAAAAGGACAGAGGAGACAGUUUGUUGAUAUAUAUGGCAGAAAUAAAGAAUAUGUAUUUGUCUUGGAAAUAUUGAUUGGUUUUUAAAAAAAUCCAGUUUUCAACAUCUGGCCAGAUUACAGUCAAACUUCAGAAGAUGGUUUAAACAAUCUGAUUUCAAUCUGUCUAGAAUGGUUCUUUAACACAUGCAUUUAUUUAUUUUAAAUUGGAUGUUUCAGGUGAUUAAGUGUAAAUGGGUUCAAAGUGUCUGUUGGGAAAAAAGGGCAGGAAACCUAUUCAUUUUGAUGUUCAUUUGACCAGUAGUUGGGAUUACUGAGUGUCCUGUUGAGGUGAAAAAACUAUUUUGAUAAUUUAUAAAUUGUCAAGACAUUUUUCAAAGAAAAUAUUUUUUGAAAAUUGUCCAAAUUUCAGCUUCUUAAAUGGGAGGAUGUACUACCCUUUCUAUGUCAAAUAUUGUAAACUGAAUAUAUUUAUUUGUGUCAGACAAAACAACAUUUGAAGAUGGCACAAUUGGCUCUAAAAAGUUGUGAUGGUCCUUUUUCACUUUUUAUUUUUAUUUUUAUUUUUUACAGUUUGUCAGUUGACGAAACCUUAGAAAUAGUACAUUAUGCCCCUAUAAGGGUUCUGAAUUUGGUGACAGAUACAAGGACAACCCUAAAAGAUCCUCACAAGGUAGGCAUAAAUUUGCCUACAAACAAAAAAUCUCAUCACAAUAAUUUUAAGGCAGUAAUUUAAAGGUGCAAUUUGUAUUGAUAUGGCUAGAUUUUUAGUUUAAAACAUUCUGAAAAAUGAACUUACAUUACCAAAAAAAUAAGAAGUGAUGUCUUUGACAUGUCAAACCUGUCUGUUUUGUGUUAGAUAUCUGUUGAAAUUACUGUGCUAACCAGCUAGCCGCAGUUCUCUGUCUCAUAAUACCACUUGUGUCCCGAGGCGAUAAUGAGCUACUUUAGCAUCCAGUCUUCCCUCAGAGAGGACAAAAAGUAGACUAAACUGCACUAUUAGCUGAAUAUCUAUUCAGUUUCUACCUAAAACUAAAGUUAAGACUUCAAAUUUCAUAAAAAAAAAAAAAGAAAUUCAGCAUAAAAGACUGUUGCAAUCGUUAAGUCUCCAGUUAGCAGCUCCAUCUGAGCAGAGAUUACUUGCUCAUCAAGGUGCAAGCAGACCAACCCCCGGCCGAGGGGAACCACCAGCAAUGAUUUGAGAGGAAGCCUAAGCGAGGAAUGCGAGCCAGGAUCCAGGCUAGACUCGUCGACAAGUUGGAUGACAUGAGACUCAAUUAAAAACCAUCACACAAAUAGUUGUGCUAUGGUUUGCAGCUAGUGGGCCGAAUGGCCAAGACUGUACAGACACCUAGUGAUGUGCCAAUGAAGCCUCAUUAACCAUUGUUAUUAUUUUCUGAGCCCACUAGAUGGUGCUAGAAAAAGGCUGAAGCAAUGGUAAUUGAGUGUGCUUUCAGCUCUUUGUUGAACAGAGAGCACCAUCUAGUGGACUCAGAAAAUAACAACAAUGGUUCAUGAAGCUUCACUGGCACAUCACUACAGACACCCCACCUGACUCAGCAUCAUGUCUGCCUGUGCCUCUUCUCAACCAGGCUGUUUGUCUCUGUGCGUUCUGCUGAGCAAGUAAUCUCUGCCAGGACAGAGAUAGGACGCGGGUAAAACGUCCAUUGCAACAGUUUCUUGAAUGCUGAAUCUCAGUUAUAGUAUAGGUCUUAAUUUUAGUUUAGAAAGGCUGCUUACAUGUUUGAGGACAUUGCGGUUUUACUGUAUGUCUAACUGUAACGUUAUACAACCUCAGCAUUAGUAAUUCAUGCAGUAUUUACAGAAGGUAAAAGGGUAGUUCCCCCUGUUUUUGGAGCAUAUGGCCAGUAAUUACAAAUUGCACCUUUAGCUCAGUAAAUCUUACAAAUUGGGGCUUAAAUAAAUGUUUAGUGAGCUGCAUUAAAGUGUUUAAGUUUCUGUAGCAGAUGUUAAUGUUUUUUUCCUGACUUAAAUAAAUAAAUAACCAAUGUGUAUGUGUAAAAUCAAACUACAAACAUCUCUGGUAUGAUUAUUGCUGUGUUCUGCCCAGGCCGAUCAGAGAGUUGGUUUGAUUUUCGCAGGUAAACUCUGUAUUCUGAUGUUUUUUACCAGUUAUGAUCAGUUAUGUGCACCAGUGCUCAUUUGCAUGCGAAAACAUAGGUAGUUCAUACUGUACCCUGUGCAUGAGGGACUAAUUAUUCCAAUUGUGCCUCACAUUGCAUCAGUGUCAGCAGACUGGAGCCUCUAUUUUGCUUGAGUAUUUUUGGACAGUAGAGUGGGAAAAAACAAGCUGACAAGAACCAAUGGUGUCUUUUAAAGUGAUGAUUUUCAACAUGGACAUUCUCCAGGGAGUGAUGUUAACAUAUGUAUGGUCACUUCUUGUUCUGUUCUUUUGUACUAUUGCUUUACCUUUACAGUCUACUUGUUUUUUUAUAUUGAAAAUAACAAUAAAGAAAACCUGUUAAAAAAUA